GCAAGACACCAAAGGGAUGUAGGGACACCCGGACACAAGUGCAGUCGAAAUUUCAAGCGAGUCCCAACGAAUCAACCAUUCCGUGCAAUCAAGUAGUCGUGGCGAUUUGUGACUGCCGCCCCAGACGAACUGUCGAUGAUGCCAGUUGUAGUCCGGAACUUUUCUACAUCAUACACGACCUUCUGAUUCCAAACCAGGAGCACACACUCUUUUUUUUUCUAUUCGAUUCCGAAACUUUUAUUUUGUAAAAUCAUAACGGAAGCGCGAGCGCCGGAGUGCCGAUAGAUACCAGGAUACCAACAGCCAUAUGGACUCGUCCUCCUCCGAUCCGCAUCUACGUUGAUCAAAAAAAGGCUUAUAUAUAUAGUAUACAUAUAUAUAUGCUUUUAAUUCCAUUUUCAAAAAGUGCAAAUUGAAACGCGCGUGGUCUGCGAGUGAAACAUACAAAUUGUCGAGUCGCGGGCGCUGAUCCUUAACUAAAUCGGCAGGAUUCCACUAUUGCCGAAAUAGCCAACAAAAUUCAAGGACUACUUAAUAAGGUAGCAGUGGGAAGCCCCAAAAGGACGAAGUAGAAUAGACAUUGCGUUCGGUGGAGCCCAACAUCAGAACGGGAUCAAAUAGAUUUAUUUUACGUGUUUUGUUUCGUGUUCAAGGUCCUGAACUGCUUAUCGGGGAAUUUCGGGGACAGCUCACCGCAUUGACUACAGUUUACUUUCAAGAACCAUACACAAGCCCCAUCCGUCAAGUUGCCGUGCCACUUCGCCUCCUAGUUAGCCACCGUUCUACAUAUCCUGCGAAUCCUGCCUCCUUUUACGGUGAAGCAGUCAAGUGGUGCUGGAGCUCUGGAGGAGCUCUGGAGCUGUCACUUCGAGAAGCUGUUGAAUCUAGAGUCGCAACCAGCCAGCUGGAAAUCCACUGCGAUCACAUCACAGCUCAUCGGCACCUGGAAGCUGGCGGAGAAGUCCCAGCAUCCUAAUUAGCAGGACAGGGAUAAGCAGAGGGCCCAGGAGGAGGAGCAGGCUAUGUCCAAACCAAAUAAUGUUCCCGCUCACGAGCGACGCAUCCAUGAGCUGGAUCAAACUGUGGAACGCAUCUUCGAUGUGCGAAAGCGCUUGGGUAAGGGUGCCUAUGGCAUCGUUUGGAAGGCCAUUGAUAGGCGACAGAAGAGCACGGUGGCCCUGAAGAAGAUCUUCGAUGCCUUCCGCGAUGACACCGAUGCCCAGCGCACCUACCGUGAGGUGAUAUUCCUGCGCGCCUUUCGCCACCAUCCCAACAUCAUACGACUGGUGGACGUCUUCAAGGCCGCCAACAAUUUGGAUUUUUAUUUGGUGUUUGAGUUCAUGGAAAGCGAUCUGCACAACGUGAUUAAGAAGGGCGAUGUCCUCAAGGACAUUCACAAGCGAUUCGUCAUGUACCAGCUGAUCAAUGCCAUCAAGUACAUGCACUCGGGCAACGUCAUCCACAGGGACCUGAAGCCCAGCAACAUCCUGAUCGAUAGCAAGUGCCGGCUCAAAGUGGCCGACUUCGGCCUGGCUCGUACCCUCUCCUCGAAACGCAAGGCCGACUUCGAUGAAUUGGAUCAGGAUGGCAUGUUGACGGAUUACGUAGCCACACGGUGGUAUCGCGCCCCCGAAAUCCUGGUGGCCAGUCGCAGCUAUACCAAGGGCAUCGAUAUGUGGGGCCUGGGCUGCAUUCUGGGCGAGAUGAUCAGGCAGAAGCCACUAUUCCAAGGCACGAGCACUGUCAAUCAGAUUGAGAAAAUAGUGACUGCCUUGCCGGAUGUGACACAGCUGGACAUCGAUUCGAUUGGAGCCAGCUUCGGCACCGUCCUGCUGGGCAAGAAGAUCCAUCGCGACCGCCGCCAUUCGCUGGACGAGAUGAUGCGGAACUGCUGCGACGAUGCCAUUUCGCUGGUGAAGUCCCUGCUGGUGCUGAAUCCGCAUCUCCGGCUGACCGCCAAGGCGGCCAUUCAGCAUCCGUAUGUGAGUCGCUUCCGGACCGCGUCGGCAGACAUGGAGCUCCGGGUGGACAUCCAGCCGCCGCUGAGGGACGAUGUACGCUACGGUGUGGACCAGUACCGCAACAAUCUGUACGACAUGAUAGGUCGGGAGUCGAGGGGCAGUGCCCGCACGGCCAGCAAUGCCACGCCAUCCACGCCGUCCAAUCGGGACGAAUCGGCGAAAACCGUGCGAGUCACGACCCGAGCCAGAUUGCGUCGCCCCUAGCAAAGGCGUGCCACCUCCACGG